AACAUGAGAGAUAAGAAAAAAGCUAACCAAAAUAUUAAAUUUUCCGUACAUUAAAAAACGUUUUCAUCAUUUGAAAGAGAUAUUACACAAUAUAAUUAACCAUUUAAUGUCUCUCUGUCACAAAAGGGGAAAUAAUUCCGAAACAUUAUGGCGUCGAGCUCUCCCGCCGAGAACGAAUUGAACCUUCUACCAGCAGUUUAUGAUGUAAUUCGAAGUAUUGAAAAAGAAUCACCAGACUUAAAUCAGGUGAAUCAGAAGCUGAAUGAGUUAAAAACACAGUUUCAAAAAGCAAGGGAAUGCGCAGAAAAACUACCAGGUGUCCAAUACAGCAAAGAAGAACAGCUGAAACGCGUUGCAGUUCUCCAUAAACAGCUUGAACUGAAGACAAAACUUCUCCAAAAAUACAAAUCUAAAGGUUCGUUUGAUAUCAGCAAAUAAAUUUCAAGAGGAAAAAGAG